GUUGGGAGUCGCAGCCAGCGCCGCCCCACAGCGUCAAGAAUCAACGAGACGAGGAGGAUCCCGGCACCGGCCUGCUGCCGGAAAAGAAAAGUUGCGUCGAUAGCCUGCCUUCCUUUCCCUCUAGUUGGGAGUCCCCGGAGCAGGAGCCACAGCCGGGGGAUGUGAAUAACACUGGACAACAACUUCGUCGUGACCAGAAGGACCACCACCUGGGAAGUUUAUCGAGGAGUUUCGCAGGCCUUAUUUUGAAUCAAGCCGGCCCAGCUAGAGCAGAGCGCUCCUCGUCUCCCUUGCCGUCUGGACCCCGGCGGUCGCGCUCCUCCUCUCCGCGGCGUUCUCGCUCUCUGCGCGGUCUUCACUCUGCCGCGGGUAGUUCUUUGCCGAACGACACGACGCAUCGCCAGUACGAUCAGAAUUCUGCAACGGGGCUGCUCCCGCGAGGGACAACUGGAGGAAAUAGUGGAAAGGAUUCCGGCAGCGGCAGCCUGCCUCGAUUUAGCACGUUCGGGGCGGAAAUAGAUCAGGCGACUGGCUAUCGCAGAAAAGUUCCAGUGCUCGUCGACAGUGAUGUUCAAGAAGUUGCACGUCCGGCGGAAAUAAGCAGCAGCUCCCCCGCUGGUGCUCGUGCGCAAUGGUCUGGGCGUCGUCCUCGUGCGCUGUCUGGGCCCCCUGUAGAAGUUCUUGCACGGGGGAGCACGAGGACCAACAUUGCACGACCAACACGAGCAGAAGUCUACGCGGAGCUGUCCCGAAUCAAGGAAAAUGCGGAAGAAGUGGCCAAAACCUACAUUCAUGGCAAAAAAGUAUCGCAUAUAGAAAUCAGAACGAUCGAAGGAAGAGAUACUGAAGUUUAA